AUGCCACUUCUGAAUUCUAUUCAGACUGUGUCUCUCUCUAACCAUACUUAUAAUUAUUUCCCGUUGUUGCAGGGUUUGGGGCUGCAGGAUAAUGGAGGCCUGGGGAGCAGUAGUGGAGGAGCCGUUUCCCACUUCGAACCACAGGUGGCCAUGUUGUGCGAUUCGGGGAUGCACGGACAAGAGGCCUACCAUCCCAAGUACAUGACGGAGCAGGGAGAAUGGGUUUCCGACCUCUAUUCCAAAGCGACGUGUUACAAAGAUAAAAUGGACAUUCUCAACUACUGCAAAAAGUUUGCUUCCGUUGUAACGAAACUUUCUAUUGCAGGUGAAAAUAAAGAAACCCUGCCACAUCACGAACUUAGCGAUACAUGCGGCCAAGAUGCAGCCAUCAAAUCGGCUACUGUUUCAGAAGAAAAGCAUUCUAAACAAAGUUCAGUGUUAAGUGCCAACCUUUAUUUAAGUGACAGCGAUGACUCAAUAAAGGAUAAAGAUUAUCAACCAGAUUCGGACACUGAUUCAGAUGAAAGUGGAAGUAAGAUACUAGAUAUUAAUGGCGUUUUGAUAUACCUAGAGAAAAUAUUAUUUAAAGGCUACUGA